GGCCUUGCAAGCUGCACUCAGCUGUACCCACUGCCUCACCCAUCUCCCACCAGCAGAGGAUGUGCCACAAGAGAGAUCUAGGCUUGUGACGCUUCAUUGCCUGGAUGUGGCUGAAUGCGGUGUGCAUACACAUGUGCACGUGGGAAAAGCCAGAGGCAGCCUGUGGCAUAUCUUGAUUAUUUCAAGCCAUACAGCCAUUUGGAGUAAAACAGGCUUAAAAUUAAAUGGAAAAACUUCUGAAGUAUAUAAAGAUGUACACAGGCGGAGUGAGCUCAUUGGCUGAGCAGAUAGCCAAUCAGCUUCAAAGGAAAGAACAGCCCAGAACCCUUCUAGACAAGAAGGAACUGGGCUCACUCAAAAAGGAGUUCCCCCAGAAUUUGGGAGGCAGUGAUGUCUGUUACUUCUGCCGCAAGCGGGUCUAUGUGAUGGAAAGGCUGAGUGCUGAAGGCAAGUUCUUCCACCGUAGCUGCUUCAAGUGCGAAUACUGCGCCACCACCCUGCGCUUAUCGUGUUACGCCUACGACAUUGAAGAUGGUAAGAGAAAUUACCUGUCGUCUUCCUCAUACACCAAAAACACUCUCUCACUGUACCUGGGGCCUCAAGAUCUCAGUCCUGGCUUCACUUUACAAAUAUUGGUGGGUGAGGAGCAGUGA